GUCACGUGACAGAUGACCCACAAGCAGGUUCGCAUAGUGCACAUCUCUACGUCAAACUGACGUCAUUUUUUAUUCUCGCCCAUUGUAAAACUCAAGCGAUGACGUCAAUUUGACGUAUUUCAUACUUUCUAUGCCAGACGAACCGAGCCUACAUUCGGAAUGUUUAUUAUUAUUAUUUUUUAAGUUACUUCCGUCGCUUCCGUUUAGAUUCUAAGAACAAGUGGCCGGAUGUUAACGUAAUACUUUCUAGAUUUACUCAAUCUCUGGUUUUCCAAGGGGAUGCGGCUCUUAUAUAGAGAUGUUCAUUUCUCGAGACUUAAUAAACACGUCACACGUCUUUCUAUUUCGUUUCCAUGGGAACGCUGUUUAGAAAUGUCGUCAUGUCCGUCCACAGAGAAAUCCUCGUCCUGUCCGUGUUGAGCAUCUUGCCUUACGCGUCGUCGGACUGUUUAGAAUUUUGGAAGCAAUGGAGAACGUGCCCAUCCGAUUUAUUCGGAACAUUCUCCGACCUUUUGUGCUUCCAUCAUAUAAACAAUACCAAUCAAGCCGUAAUAACUAAAUCGUCUCCGAAACAAGCCGGAAUUGUUUGCCAUACGAACAAAUUUCCAAUCUCCCUCUUCAAUUGCUUACCGUUAGAGAAUACAACAUCCAUCAUAUUCACGAAUUGUCCGUUUCCGCGUGCUCCACUUCACCAGUUUUUCCACGACGAAACUUUACAGCAGUUAGAUAUAAACUUCAACAAAGUUCAGAAUCAGGAUCGCCCUCUGAUCAUCAAUGGGUACCCAGUCUUAGAAAUGAUUAAGCUGCAAACUAUUUAUACCAUGGAUUACUUUGAUUUGCAGCUCGGUAAUCUACCAUCUUUGCAGACGCUCAUUAUUUAUGUCUACAACUUCACAGAAAUGCCGAGAAAGCCAUUUCAGAAUGUUCCUCGACUUCACCAAUUGUUGAUAUCGGAAGGCCCACUGGAGACUCUACCUGAUGAUUUCUUUCACGGGAUUACAAACUUCACAGAGAUAGAUCUAAGCGUGAACCGCUUGAAAAACUUCCAAGCUGCACUGUUGAAAGAUGCAUCUAAUUUAAUUAGGCUCAAUUUAUCACACAAUUACUUGACAGAAUUAGAUCGAGAAGUGUUUCAACCAACGAAAAACCUUGAGCAUUUGUAUCUCGAUAACAACAGGAUAACGGCGCUACCUGAAGACAUCUUCAGAACAUUAAUUAGCUUAAAAUUUCUUACGUUGAACAAUAAUAAUAUCUCGGAGUUACACGAGAACACCUUUCAUUAUCUGAGAAAUCUCCAGAUACUUUCACUGGAGCGUAACAACAUUGAAAGUUUACGUGAAAACCUCUUUGCAAAUUCGGGAUCAUUGAUUUGGCUGGAUUUACAACACAACAGAAUCAGAACACUGCCAAAAAACAUGUUUAAACACCAAACAAUUCUUCACCAUCUCGAUCUCUCGGACAAUCAAAUUACAGAAUUUAACUCUCUCACCCCAUUUGGCUUCAGUAAUUAUCUCUUUAGAGUGAAUAUAUCCAGAAAUCGACUGAAAGAGGUGCCAAAUAUUACGUGGCAGGUGUAUAACAUCAGCAGUAUCGAUCUCAGCCAUAACUCUAUAAGCAGUUUAACCUUCCCGGAAGGGUUGUUCCAAGACUGUGUUCUAGAUCUUCGAUAUAACCAAGUCCAUUCGGUCCCGGACACAAUGGGCCUGCCCCCAGAUCACGUCUUUUCGUAUCGUAUUUUCGUAGAAGGUAAUCCAUUUAAGUGCAAUUGUACUUUGUCGACAUUUGUGAAGGCUCUUCGGGUGCUUCCCAUACGAGACAAGGAGGCGUUGGAAUGCGAUGCACCGUGGUUUCAUAAAUACGAAAAAGUGCUAACGUUAAACGAAGAAAGCCUUUGCUUAAAUGAUAUUCUAUGCCCCGUGGGUUGCGAAUGCGCAAAAAUGAGGAGUGGCGAAGUACACAUCAAUUGUAGCAAUGUUGCAAGAACACACACGCCCACGAAUCUUCCAGCACUCACAACAUCUCUUAACCUAGAUAACAAUUCCAUUGCAGAGGUGUCACUCACAGGGUCUUGGUCAGAAUUGAAGCAUUUGAGCCUCAGUAAUAAUUUAUUGUUUUCUUUAAACGAAUUCAUUCCCCCGCGUGCCUUAAAAACACUAGCAGUUGACGGUAACAGGCUUUCGGAUUUACCACAGUCUCUGAUGGAUCACGUUGAAGCGAUAGAGGAUUUUAAAAUAUAUUUGGCAGACAAUGCCUGGAUGUGUAAUUGCCACGCGAUAUCUCUGAAGAAGUGGUUUAUGAGGAAUUUACCGAAAAUACAGGAUUCCAUGAGAACUUAUUGUUUAAAUAAUCUCUUAACUGGAGAACGCUCCUUACUAGUCGAGACUCGAGUAGAAGAAUUCAUCUGUUCGUCUUCUGUUCGAAACACCAAAUCGUUGUUGUUGUUGUUUAUUACAGUUUUUAUAUUAUUGUUGUGUAAAUAACUGUUUAUAAAUUUUAUUAAAGAUUUUUCGUUAUUUAAGAGGAAACAUUCUUAACGCAAAAUUCACAUCUCGAUUUUUGACACGUGCGGUUUUCUCAGGAAUGCAAAAUUUGAGUGUAGAAACAAUAUAAGUUUUAGUUACAAUAUCUGUCACUGGGUGGCACUGCUUAAAGGAGGCAAACUCUUGCGUGACAUCACAGAAGCAACCGGUGACGUACAAAAACAGAAGAGAUACACGAAAAGAGCUGGGGU